AUGAUGCUCCAUUGUGUGAGAGGUGCGGAUUUUGACACUGCUUAUCCAGCUGCUUUAACAGUUGCAUCAUCAUUCAAUAAACAAUUAAUGUAUGAUCGUGCUGAUGUAAUUGUUUAUGAGUUCAAGUCGAAAGGUGUUGAUUUCUUUUCGAGGCCUGUCAGUGACCCAAUUGAUUAUAAAGCUCUUGUUUUUAGAGGCUGGGAAGGUUUCGGAGCCGAUCCAUAUUUGCAAGGUGAAGCAAUGAAAUAUACAGUUCAAGGAAUUCAAAAAAAAUAA